AUGAAUCAAUCAAGAGUAGAUAAAAAAUUAGAAGUUCAUUCAAACAAUAACUCAGCAAGAUCCCAAAAUGUAAGACCUUUAGCAUUAUCAUCACCAAUUCAUCACCAUUUAAAAAAGCAACAACAAUUGAAUCAUAUUUCAAAGCAUUACAAAUAUAUUCAAACACCACCUUUAACACAACUCAAACAAGCUUCAACUAUACAAGUUCUUCCACUUAUAGCUUCAUCAAGUUCAUUUGAUAUAGAUUCACCAACUUCUGAUCCUUUAACUCCUAUCUCUCCAAGAGAUUUUAUAUCACCUCAUGAUCCACCAUUUCAAGCUGAUUUAUAUUUCCCGCCACCUAAAAUUAGAAGAAGUAUUAGUAUUUUAGGGGGAUCAUCAGAUAUUUUUACAGACUAUGUUGAAGAUAGAUAUUCUAGAUUUAGACCAAAUGUAUCCCAACAUAAUAAUGAUGUUAUAAUGAACAAUUUACACCCUUUUCAAAAAGAUAAUUAUGGAUUAGAACAAAAAAAUUUUUUACAAAAUUUAAAUUCAUGGUUUAAAUCAAAACCAGUCAUUGCUAAACCAAUUGAUUUAGAAAGACAAGAUCCAAUACAAACAGGUGGGAUUAGUAAUUCAAAUAAAAGUGAUAGUUUUCGAACAAUUAUAAUAAAUCAAGAACCAGAACCAACUCCACAACCAAUUUAUACACCAAAAGGUAUUCCAAUUAACGAGUAUGCGCUUAAUUAUGAUAAAUUACCUGAUAAUUCUAAUUUAGGUGAAGAAAUUGAAAGAAGAGCAGCUAUUGUAAAUUCAUUUGAUGAUGAUAUAAGAGAUUUAAUUGAUGGUGUUGAUAAUUUUUUAACUUCUUGUUUUGAUGGGAUUUGGUUUUUUUUUUCUGAAAUUUGGCAAAGUUGUACCGAAUAG